AUGGGAGUGCCAGCCAAGAAAGUGGCUAGGAAACCAGGGAUCCAUAUUAAUAAACCAAAGCCGAAAUUCGAAUAUAGACCGGUUGGCAAUAAGCCGAAGGAAGGGGUUAAUAAAUUAUCGCCAUCUACUAGUGUGCUAUCUAACAACCCGUUUGAUGUUUUGAAUAACGAAGAUGCAGACAAUGGGCAAUGUAGCAAGGGUGUAGGUGGCGAGCAGGAGGAUUCGGAUGAUGAAGAGGUUGUGGAAGUGUACAAUGAAACUGAUAAGUUUAUUAUGGAAGGCACUCAUAAUCCAAAUAAAAAAAGGGAAUCUCAUGUGGAUGUUAUGAAACUUAGUAAAGUGUGCUCGGCUGUUUUUCGUCAUUGGGAUUGGACCUCGAAUGGGAAUUGUUUUGUUUAUGCGGAUAAUUAUUAUGUCACUCGAAGAGAGCUUUGGGCUCAGUUGUCGUUGCAUAAGCUCAUGGUUGCUGAUAAACCAUGGGUAAUCAUGGGUGAUUUUAACUCGGCUCUCUACUUGGAAGAUAAAUCUAUGGGCACGUCGGCUAUCUCAGUAGGUAUGCGAGAUUUCCAAACUUGUAUUUCAGACAUUGAAGUUAUGGAUGUCAAUCGCUCGGGCCUUCAUUUUACAUGGACUCAAAAGCCUAAAAAGGGAGUUGGUCUUCUCAAGAAAAUCGAUUGGGUCAUGGCUAAUGACCCGUUUGUUGCUGAAUUUCCGAACUCGGUUGAUGUAUUUCGUCCAUAUAGGUUAUCCGACCAUGCUCCUUGCAUUCUAAAAUUCCAACGGGCUACUAGCAAAAAACAUAAACCAUUUAAGUUUCCAAACCUUUUGGUUUAUAAACCGGAUUUUAUGAAUAUUGUCAAACAGAUUUGGGAGACUAGAGUUAAUGGAGUUUAUCAGUUUAAAGUUGUGAAGAAGCUUCGCCAUCUAAAGUCUCCUCUUCGGGCCUUAUUGUUUAGACAUGGUAAUCUUCACAAGAAAGUGGUUGAGUUGCGUGGCAAGCUGGAAGACAUCCAAAAGGAUAUUGAUCAGGAUCCCAUGAAUACGUAUCUCAGAGCCCGAGAAACUAACUUAACGUCUUUCUUCCAGGAGGCAUGUCUUGAUGAGGAAAGAUUUUUAAAACAAAAAGCAAAAAUGGAUUGGCUAAGGGCGGGCGAUGCUAAUACAGCUUAUUUUCAUGCAGCCGUUAAGAGUAGGAAUCAUCGGAGUAGAAUUCAGGUUAUUUCGGAUGCCAAUGGGGUGAUGUAUGAGGCCGAUAAUGUUCAUGCCAUUUUUGUGCAGCAUUAUGAGAAGUUUUUGGGUUGUCAAGAUGAUAUUUACAUGCAGCCGACUCCGGAUCUCUUCUCUAAACAGAUCGACUUGGUGGAUGCUUCGCAUAUGAUUCGGCAGGGUAGGAUGUAUCUAAAGCAGUCAUGGAUUUUUUCUCUACGGUGCAUCACGAAAAUUAUAGCUGAUAGAAUAAAAGGUGUGCUCCAUCAGGUUGUUAGUAUCAAUCAAUCUGCUUUUAUUCCAGGUAGAAAGAUUUCAGAUAAUAUUUUGUUGACCCAAGAGCUCAUGCACAACUAUUAUAGGAACUCAGGUCCUCCUCGGUGUGCUUUUAAGGUGGAUAUCCAAAAGGCCUACGAUACGGUUGAUUGGAGUUUCCUGAAAAAAUUUCUCAUUGGGUUUGGGUUUCAUGCUAAAAUGGUGGAGUGGAUUAUGGUGUGUAUUUCAACGGUUUCCUAUUCCAUUUGCAUUAAUGGAAAUGUGCAUGGGUAUUUUAUGGGUAAGCGUGGUUCACGUCAAGGAGACCCGCUAUCCCCGUAUUUAUUCACGCUAGUUAUGGAGGUUCUAACGUGCAUUCUUCAGCAUGCUUCUCGGAUAGAUGCUUCGUUCAAGUUUCACAAUAAGUGUGAGAAACAACGGAUUAUUAAUCUUUGUUUUGCAGAUGAUCUUUUCUUAUUUGCGAGAGGUGAUGUUAAUUCAGCCAAGUUUAUUAUGUCCUCUCUUACAAAGUUUACUAAUAUGUCUGGAUUGGUGCCUAGUAUUCAGAAAAGCACAGGGUUCUUUUGCAACGUGCCUACUCAUGUCAAGGACCACAUAUUAGAUAUUAUGUCGUUUAAGGAGGGAUUGUUGCCAGUUCGCUAUUCGUUACAAGUUUGGAAUAUGGUUCGGUCUAAAGGUGGUAUGAAGGAUGUAGGCCCGUUUUGGGAUGAUAUUAUCGGUUGGGUGGCGGCCCAGGUUCAUUCAAAGUCAGCUGCUACUUAUGUUAGUAAACUGGUGUUGGCUGCGGCUUCUUAUUUCAUUUGGCAAGAGCGAAAUUCGAGACUUUUCAAGAACCAAACAAGACCUCCUGAUGUGUUAAGUGAUGUAAUUCUGCAAACGGUUUGGUAUAAGCUAAUGGUUGUGAAGUUCAAGAACAAUGUGAAGGUGCGAGAGCUUCUAAGCACUUGGGGGAUUCAUGGAACGCUUGAGACUGAUGAGUGA